CCGCCUGACAGUAAUCCGCUCGCCGGGAGGAGCAGGGAAAGCCCUUCCCUGACUGAGCCGGAGUGAGGGAGGGAGAGUUUUAAGUAGGACAGGGACCGAGAGAGUUGAAAAGAGCGCUUUGUCAUAUUUUGGAGCUUUUGUCCUGCUGCUAGAGGCUUAAAUGAACUGACUGAUACGGACUCUGAGGGCGACUCUGCUGGAAUUCACUUGGCACCAUGAGCGGACCAACAAAUGCAGUUCAGUACCAGUCGGGCCUUUACGGAGGAAACAACAACAGCAGCUCUCCUCUCUCCAGCCGUGGAAACUCGCCCAUUGUUUGCGAGCGCUGUGGGGAGGUUUGUCGUGGGGAGGUGGUGCGAGUCAAGAACACACACUUCCAUGUUCACUGCUUCACUUGUCAAGUGUGCAGCUGUGACUUGGUGCACUCGGGUUUCUUCCAUCACUCUGGCGAAUACAUCUGCACGGAGGACUACCAGCGGCUCUAUGGCACCCAGUGUGACAGCUGUGACCAGUACAUCACUGGGGAGGUUGUAUCUGCUCUGGGGAGGACGUACCACCCGCACUGCUUCGUCUGCAGCGUCUGCAAGAGUCCGUUCCCAAUUGGAGACAGGGUGACCUUCUGCGGGAAAAAGUGUGUGUGUCAGCAGUGCUCACACUCUCUGAACAGCGACAAGCCCGUCAAGGUCCACGGGCCGAGCUACUGUGCAGGCUGUGGAGAGGAGAUCAAACAGGGUCAGUCUCUGCUGGCUCUGGAGAGGCAGUGGCACGUCAGUUGUUUUAAAUGCCGGACGUGCGGCUGUACGCUCACUGGAGAGUACAUCAGCAAAGACGGGAUUCCUUACUGUGAGACUGACUACCACACUCAGUUCGGGAUCAGGUGUGAGAGCUGUAACAGGUACAUCAGCGGCAGAGUUCUGGAGGCUGGAGGGAAGCACUACCACCCCAGCUGUGCCAGGUGUGCCCGCUGUCACAUGAUGUUCCUGGAAGGGGAGGAAAUGUACCUCACAGGUUCAGAGGUUUGGCACCCCAUGUGUAAAGAAGCAGCUCGGCUGGAGAGAAAACUGAGGCUGAGACGAACCUCUGAGACGGCGUCCAUUUCUCCUCCAGGCUCGUCUCCUCUCCUCGGCUCUCCCCACCGGCUCAUCUGCUCCAAGGCUGACAGUGAUUCUUUGGACUAUAAGCACCUGGCGGCUCUGCCCAGGGUCAAAGCCAUAUACGACAUCCAGCGGCCCGACAUCAUCCCGUAUCAGGCAGAUCACGCACACACACACCUCUCUGAUGACACUUUGGAAAGAUACAGCUGUGGACAGUCACUGGGCUCCUUAUCACCAUACUCUCAUGAUCUUUUGGAUGGCAUGGAUUUGAGAACGAGGCGUUCCUCCAGCUCUGCCUUCACUGACUCCCCUGCACACAGUCGCCACGGAGGCUCCCCACUGCAUUAUUAUCUCCCUGGCAGUGAGAGUGGCAGGAGUUCACCCUAUUACAGUCAGCCAGAGCCCAGGUGUGCUACGCCCACCACCACCACCUUCCAAGCCCCCAAGCAUUUCCAUGUGCCAGCUUCUGAGGAAACCAACAUCUACAGGAAACCCCCCAUCUAUAAGAGACAAGACAUAUCUGCCUCCCCGACAGCCAAUAAGACUAAGACCAAUGAGAACCUCCUCAAUUCCAGUCGCCUUUCCACCUCAAACUGCAACAACAUUUAUCACCCUGAAUCCAACUACUAUCCAUAUACUGGAUCUCCGAAAGUCUCCAGGGUGAGGAGAUUUUCGUCUGGAGGAGAGGAGGAUGGAUGGAAUCACAACAUAAACAGGGGAAUUGGCAGGAUGAUCCUGAAGGAGGAGAUGAAGGCACGAUCAGGUUGUCACGACAAUGACCAGUGGGGAAGCAGACGCAGUUCUCGCUGUAGCAGCAAGGAGACGCUGAACAAUCUGGGCUACGGCUCCCUUAAUGGAUCUCCCAGGUCUAUCUACAGCGCAGACAGCGACUCGUACAUUGCCAAAUCGGCCUCGUUGCCAGGCUACGGGAGGAAUGGACUGAACAGGCAGCCCGGGAGCGCAGCCGCAGAUUACUACCAGUACGACAGCAGUAACGCAGUUAAUUGGCAGAUCAGAGAAUACAAGAUCUACCCAUAUGAAGCCCUGGUGGUGUCAGUCAGAGGGCAGCAGCGUCUCCCCAGUGACGUGGAUCGAGCCAGACUUGAGCGCCACCUCUCACCAGAAGAGUUUUACAGAGUCUUUGGCAUGUCCAUGUCCUCCUUUGACCGUCUUGCUCAGUGGAAGAAGAAUGAACUGAAGAAACAAGUCCGACUCUUCUGAGAAAUCAACAGAUCCGUCUGAUCAAGUGCAGCUUCCACAAGGGUUUACUGACCUCAGCUCAUGUCUGCGUCUCGGUGGAGGGCUGAGAACUGGACAAAAUAAAUGUUUUUCUUCCCUUGAGGUGGUAGAAGGAAAAGAACUGUUGGCUGCCUCUUCUUGGCGCGCUGUGGGACUACUUAAGCAAUACGGAUGGAGUCAGCCAAUUGGGCCAAACUGGGGGGAAAACUGCAUGAGUGGAAGAAGAAUGUGGAGGGAGAGCACAGAGCUGCACGGAGGACAACAACUCCCUACCAGCAGAUGGCAGCGUGUUAACAUGAGCAAUAUGGUUGCUGCUAUGCUGAGAUGCUUUGUACCAAACUGAAUCUGCCAUGCUUAGUGAGGGAGAUGGUUUGUGAAGGACAUCUGGUUGGAAGACAACAGAAAGGAGCCAGUCAGACAGACACUGCCCUCAGCAACUUAUAAACUGACAGGACCAGUGAAGAAGCACUGUGUGAUCCUCAACAUUAGGGUUACUGAACACGAUAUAAUGUGCAAACACUGAAAACCAAAUGUUUUCUCCUGCUUUUUUUUUUUUUUUCAAACUGUGUGUUUACUUUUGAUGUCAGUUUUUCUGAAGCCAUAUCAGUGUUUAGACUUCUUUUUUAUGACAUGAGCAGACUGUACAGUUCACUGAUGUUUGUUUUGAAAUAUGAUGUGAUGUGAAUGAACUGUGUCGCGGCUCAGAGCUCAGAGCAGUUAAGUUUAGAAACAGGGGCUUAGUACUGCACACUUGACAAUAAGAUGAUUGUGCUCCACUUAUUUUAUUUGAAGAAAUCAAAGUUUUGGUCUAUUCAGACUUGCAGCUGCACUCGAGAAACAUCAUAGAAUUUCAGUGGCUGGAUAACAAUUAAACCACCAGACUGAAUCGUGUUUGCGCAGUUUAAUGUGUGUGUGUGUGUAAUUACAGCAAGUGACUAAUAGGAGGAUAUUCAGUAGGGAUCUGAAGAAAGGAAGGGAUUAUGAAGGAAAUUAAGGAAACGGAAUGGGGUGGAAUGUGCAAAAGGGAUAAACAGAGAUACAAGGGGAAAGAGAAAGAAAGAGUUAACAGGUAUCAUAGAAGGAAAUUGGAAAAAAAAAAGAUUUGUGUUUGUGAUAAACAGGUGGAAAUAUCGCCUGAGCAGAAAUAGAUUUAAUAGAAAGAAGGUGAAAAGAACGAGAUGAGUCAGUCCAUGUGCAGGAGUGUUGUAACUGAGUGUAAAAGGUGGAAUAAUGUGCUGUUUUUACAGGGACUGAAACCGUGCGGAGUGUGUUUGUGAGUAUAGUAUGUAUGUGUGUGUGUGUGUGUGUGUGUGUAGGUGUGUGUGUGUGUGUGUGUUUACAGUUUGCAACAAUAAAUCACAUUUACCACGCUGAGUGUUUACGGAACUACAAACUAACUUAUGUUUUGAUUUAUUGGAAUUCCCAUUUGUCAUUUUACGGCCCCGUGUCUGUCACUCCAGCUUCUGAAUAAAUGAUUGAAUGAUUU